AUCAAAGCCGGCUGUAGCUGCGGCGUGCUCGGGUCUUUUAUAUCUGUAACAUCAGCAUCAUGGCUUCCCUAUCACUAGCACCCGUAAAUAUUUUCAAAGCUGGCGCUGAUGAAGAAAAGGCAGAAACCGCCCGCCUAUCUUCCUUCAUUGGAGCCAUUGCCAUUGGAGACUUGGUUAAAAGUACAUUGGGACCUAAAGGAAUGGACAAGAUUCUCCUAAGCAGUGGCAGAGAUAGCACAGUUACUGUAACCAACGAUGGUGCAACUAUUUUGAAAGCCAUUGGUAUUGACAACCCUGCUGCACAGGUUUUGGUUGACAUGUCAAAAGUCCAGGAUGAUGAAGUAGGUGAUGGAACAACAUCAGUGACAGUGUUGGCAGCCGAACUGCUCAGAGAGGCAGAAGUUUUGGUGGCUAGAAAGAUCCAUCCUCAGACUAUCAUUUCUGGAUGGAGACAAGCCACACAAGUAGCCAGAGAGGCACUCCUUAAUGCGUCUGUGGAUCAUGGGAAUGAUGAAGAGAAGUUCCGCUGUGACCUUCUAAAUAUUGCUCGCACCACAUUGUCAUCUAAGCUUCUCACCCACCAUAAAGAUCACUUUUCUAAAUUAGCUGUGGAGGCUGUCCUCCGACUGAAAGGAUCUGGUAAUCUAGAAGCAAUACAUGUCAUUAAAAAGCUGGGCGGAAGCUUAACAGAAUCAUACUUGGAUGAAGGAUUCUUGCUGGAUAAAAAAAUUGGUGUAAAUCAGCCAAAGCGUAUUGAGAAUGCUAAAAUCCUGAUUGCCAACACCGGAAUGGACACUGACAAGAUAAAGAUCUUUGGCUCGCGAGUACGUGUAGACUCUACUGCAAAGGUUGCUGAGAUUGAACUUGCAGAAAAAGAAAAAAUGAAGGAGAAAGUUGAGCGUAUUCUAAAGCAUGGAAUCAAUUGUUUUAUUAACAGGCAACUGAUCUAUAACUACCCAGAGCAGUUGUUCGCAACUGCAGGCGUUAUGGCAAUUGAGCAUGCAGACUUCGCUGGUGUCGAACGUUUAGCCCUUGUUACAGGUGGUGAGAUUGCUUCAACCUUUGAUCAUCCUGAGCUGGUUAAACUGGGUACCUGUAAGCUUAUCGAGGAAGUAAUGAUUGGAGAGGAUAAGCUCAUUCAUUUCUCUGGUGUUGCCAUGGGUGAGGCCUGCACUAUUGUUCUUCGUGGUGCAACUCAGCAAAUUUUGGAUGAAGCCGAGAGAUCCUUACAUGAUGCCCUCUGCGUACUUGCUCAGACUGUAAAAGAUACAAGGACAGUUUAUGGAGGAGGCUGCUCAGAAAUGCUAAUGGCUCAUGCUGUGACAGAACUUGCAAUCAGAACACCAGGUAAAGAGUCUGUCGCCAUGGAAUCUUUUGCAAAGGCACUACGCAUGCUACCAACCAUUAUUGCAGAUAAUGCAGGCUAUGAUAGUGCUGAUCUAGUGUCUCAGCUCAGAGCAGCUCACAGUGAAGGGAAAUCAACCUAUGGCCUGGAUAUGAAAAAUGGUACCAUAGGUGAAAUGGGAGAGCUGGGUAUAACUGAAAGUUUCCAAGUAAAGAGACAAGUCUUGCUGAGUGCUUCUGAAGCCGCUGAAGUUAUUUUGCGUGUUGAUAACAUCAUCAAAGCUGCACCAAGAAAACGUGUACCAGACCAUCAUCCUUGCUGAGUACCCUUUAACUGCACCAAGUUUGUGGACCAGGCGAAAGUUUCCCUAUUUUAGGACCAGAAGAAAUUUCUGGAGCAAAAUGCUGUUACACAGUUAAAAAUGCUGUGUGUGUUUAGUCAGCCAAGCACUUGCAUAAUUCUCCAGCAACGUAUCUGGGUUUAAGUUAUUAUUUUCCAGCGCAUACAUUGGAUGUAUGGUUUUGCAGAAUCAGUUUGUAAACAGCUAUUCAUGUUCCUACUCUUUCAAUAACAAGCACUGAAAUAAAGUUUUGUCAUUAGCAUGGCUAA